AUGUCGAAUCCUCGAGCAAUGCUCCCUUUAAAACAUGGUCUCAGACUAUUAAAUCAAAGGUCAUUUCAUACCACUCCAAGGUUGUUCGCUGUCAAUAUCAAACCUUCAAGAAAGCAGAUAUUAGCAAAGAGAAAUGCUACUGAACCAGUGAUCAUACGGAAGAGGGUGCCAAUCAACACUCCUGAAGCUCUUCCACCGAUGUUUAUUCUUGAAACGGACCAUAAAGCUGGAGUUCUGACUGUCGAACCUAAUAAAGCCAUGGAAUUCUUAAAGAACUACCAGAAUCUACAUGGAAAUCCGAACCAAGGUUGGGAGACUGGUAUUUGCAAUAAGCAUGGUAUCACGGCAUCUGACGUGACUCAAUUAUCUAUUUCUAUGGGGAGAUGCCGGGAACAAGCACAAAAACGUCUAGCAAGAGUGUUGCUAGAUUCAGCGUCAGCUAUGGGAGACCCAGCAGCCACGUUAGAGGUUGUAUCAGAAGCUUUUCAUAGUAAUAAGCUCUACACAGCAAGGUUUACAGUUUUUCUCGAACGUUUAGGUAUUUUAGCCAAGAAAGAGGGCAAUGUUCAAGCAAUGGGACUUCUUGGUCAAAUUCUAUACAGUCAAGGAAGGGAAAAGGAAGCUCGAGAUUGGCUGCAAAAGGCUGUUGGUGGAGAAAAUUCACCACAUUUUCCAGGGGCUGCAGAGGCACUCGUCGUGCUUGGCUUGAUUUUAGAAAAGACUGAUAGAGCGGCUGCAAAGAAAUUGUUCAGCAAAGCAGCAUUAGACUUAGAUCAUCCAGCAGCGUUCUUUUAUCUUUCUAAACAUGUAGGUCCUGAGGAAGAGGAUAAUAGGAUGGUUUAUUUACUCAAAGCGGCUGGUGCUGGUAUGCCUGAAGCAUGCCACAAUCUUGGUGCUAUUGAACUAUCUAAGAACAGUGACCAAGCGGACAAGAAGCCGUCAGAGCGAGAUUAUGGUUAUGCCAAAGAGUGGUUUCAAGUCGCAGCUGAAAGUGGAUUUGGUUUAAGCAUGUUAAACAUGGCUUCAAUAUGUAAAUCUCAGGGUCAAACUGAGGAGGCUUUGAAAUGGCUGGAGCAGGCAGAAACCCUUCCCGAAAUCCAUGAUGAAGCAGUAAAGAUGAGAUCCAGCUUCGUUGUGGAUUAA